GGGUCAAAGCAGCAGCAGCAGGCCUGCUGUGGUGGAGGCCAAGAACAUCACCCUCCCUGCAGGCUCCAAGGCCGUCCUGCCCUGCCACAGCCCCCGCAUGGUGUGGACCCAGGACCGGCUGAAGGACCGUCAGAGGGUGGUCCACUGGGACGUCGUUCACAGCAGCCCGGAAUAUUCGGUGGAGCGAGUUUUGGACAUGUCGCCUGGAGCUCGGCAGAGGGUUUAYAACGGCUUCAAUAAGGGACGCGUCUCCAUCCCGGACUCGGCUUUCAACGACGGAAACUUCUCGCUCGUCAUCAACAAUGUUGUAAACACAGACAAAGGAGUUUAUACUUGCAACUUGCACCAUCACUACUGUCAGAUUCACGAGUCCAUUCAGAUCCAGCUCAACGUCACCAAGUCAGCUCGGAAAGAGAAGCGCUACUGGGACGGAGAGAAGACGGUGUUGGUGGUGCUGCUGGGCAGCUCCAUCGUGCUGCCCUGCGUGAACCGCCGGGCCCUCUGGAGAGACGGCCUCCAGGAGGACCAGCAGCAGGUGGCGCACUGGGACUUCCAGCCCCCCGGGGUGCGUCCCAACAAGGCUGACCGACUGGUGGACCUCUAUGCCUCCGGAGAGCGGCGGGAUUACGGGCCUUUGUUUGCCCAGAGCAAAAUUAGCGUGGCAGAGGACGCGUUCACGUAYGGCGACUUCUCGCUGUCCAUCUCUGACCUGACGCCUGAGGACAAAGGCCUGUACUCCUGCCACCUGCACCACCACUACUGCGGUCUGCACGAGAGGCGCAUCUUCAGGCUGACCGUGGGACCUUCACUACCACGCGAACCCACAACGCCUCCGAGAAUCUUCUUGAACGAUGAGCUGGAACCAAAGACGGAGGAGGUUUCAGAGGACAGCCCCCGCGUGGUGAACGUCUUCCUCCCUGAACAACGGGGUUAUUUCGUGCAGCACCUUGGCUACUUCCUGGCAACCUUCCUGCUGCUGGCUUUCAUUGUCAUCGCUGUCAUCAUGUUGACUAGGCGACGGAAAAAGAGAGGGUUGGAGUACGAAAUGGGUAGAUCUGUCGGUGGGACUAUAAUCAGUGAAGGUGAGAUAGCAUUAGACUGCACAGAGAUGAGGACUUACAACCAAGACUCCUUGAAUCCAGAAUUCAAAAACAACCUACUGAAAGAAAGAGAUAUGGUGAAAGAGUGCAAUAAGGAAUUUGAUGGGAAGAUGUGGAAGUGAGCGAGCAUUUCUAAGAUGCUGCUGGCAGGUCCAGGGCAAACACCGGCGGCGCAAAGAACGACAGAGGAAGAAGGAAAAAAAAAGUAAUAAUGACACAGGAAAUCCAGGAGAAAACACAGGAGGAUUACUCCCUCUGCUGUAACAAGAGCAAACAAAGCUUUUCCACUUUGAAUGGCUUUACUCUUUACUUUUUACCCCUUUUUUCUCAUAUAUGUAUAGCUUGCAAUUUGAU